AUGCCGAACUAUGUCAAGUUCUUAAAAGACAUUUUGACGAAGAAAAGGAGGUUGGGGGAGUUUGAAACUGUAGCUCUUACCGAAGGAUGCAGCGCCAUGUUGAAAAGUAAGAUUCCACCGAAGUUGAAGGAUCCGGGUAGUUUUACAAUCCCUUGUUCUAUUGGGGGGCGGGAUGUUGGAAGAGCUUUAUGUGAUUUGGGUGCAAGCAUCAACCUCAUGCCUAUGUCGAUCUUUAAGAAGUUGGGUAUUGGUGAAGCACGUCCUACAACUGUUACAUUGCAACUUGCUGACAGGUCCAUGGCCCAUCCGGAAGGAAAAAUAGAAGAUGUUCUAGUACAGGUUGACAAGUUCAUUUUUCCAGCUGAUUUCAUCAUCCUAGACUAUGAAGCUGAUAGAGAUGUGCCUAUUAUCUUGGGUUGA